AUGGAGGGCAUCGGUUUCCAGGGCGGCUUCCAGCAGCCUAUGCAGCGGCGCCUCAGCCGUCUGUAUAACGACACAAAAAAGUCCUCUGACUUCGUCAAGGAGCCCAUCCAGCAUGCCGAGGACCCCGAGGUCAAGAUCCUCUUCCGCAGGCUGCGCAUCCAAAAAGACCGCUUCGUGAGCUGGGGCUUGGAAUGGUCAGAUCCGAACCAGUCUUCCGAGAUCGACACCUCGCUUUCAAAGGCUGGCAUCAGCGAAAUCGUCCACAGCGUCAUGUCCACUGUCGGCGAGAGCUUGGCCGAGCUGGAUGCUUUGUGGAAGGCCUACAACAAGCAGACAGGCGGUGCUUCUGAAAAGUCAAGGGGUGAUUUCAAGACCCCCUUUGUAGUCUGGGACAAGGCUCGCUUUGCCGAGGCCAUCACAGAACUCACUCAGUCCAUCGACACUCUGUGCGAUCUUUCUAGAACCCGCGCCUCUGCGGUAAUGACUUCCGGCUCUCGCUCAAGGCUCCAACGGCCCCUGGCGGCCAUCGACGAGAACAAGCAAUUCGAGUCGACACGCAUCCAGACACCGCAGCAGAUUGACCCUUCGACAUUGCAGGACAUCCGCUCUUCACAGGCUGAGCCUAUGACCGAGUCUAGAGCAAAUCAGCCACCGCGAGAUAUCGUCUUCAUGACCAAGCAAGCCUGGUCAGAUCUGGCCCAGCACAUUGGCCGUCAACCAUUCGCGCCGUUACUACUAGAGUACGCCGCUUUCGACUCCAUCUACUCAGUCACGGGAAUCAUGCCUCCAAUGUCGCGGUUUGAGAAGCUGUCAUCGGGUUUGCAGCAGGAAUCUCAGAGAGCACCCGGCGCCUGGAUUGGUCUGCCGAGGUUGCUUGGCUACUUUGAGGACUUGGAGCACUCACGGCUUGGACUCGUCUACCACUUCCCCCCGGGCUUCAACGCCGUCUCAUUUGAAAACUUUACACAGACACCCCUUUACAACAUCUGCACGCUGGGCGAUCUUCUUUCACGCCCUGGAUUUGAGCCCACAUUGGAGGCCAAGUUCCGCCUCGCUCACAACCUAGCCAACACCGUGUUCGAUUUACACGCCCGCGGCAUCACUCACGGCAGCCUUAUUGACAAGAAUGUCUCCUUUUGCAACACGGCAACGCCCGACUUGACGACAGGCGUUGGCGAGGUAGAUGUACGCCGUCCCAUGAUCUCGUCUUUUGAUCUAUUCCCCGAUGCGCCCCCGGACCAAGAACCAUCAUCGCCAUCUGCUCCUCUUUUCCGUCAUCCCCUCGACCCCAGGACUACUCCCGCAUCCCCAAUCAAUGACAAGACCGACUCCCGCAUUCUCGACCUGUACUCUCUCGCCAUGAUCUUGUUGUCGGUCGGUUUGUGGACAAAGCUCGAGAAUCUUGUACCCGACCCGUCUCAACCCAUUCCAGAGAGAGUCUUGGAGCAGCUUGCCAUUCGCUGUGGAACUCAGUACAUGAAGGCCGUCCAGACGUGCUGGGGUGCAGUUGACCAGGAACUCCAAGGAAAGGUCACUGGCGAGGAACUACUCUCCAUCGUGCAGUUCAAGGCGAGCCGCUACCUCGAGGCAUGCUGCAUCCUCGAUAGCGUCAGCGCUCUCGACGACCGUCUCAGCUUAGAUCUUGGCGAAAAGAUUGUGUCUCCCAUCUCCGACUCCCCGAGACAAAGCAUCUCCGGCCCAUCCAAGGACACCAAGACCGUUCCCCCACCAGCUGAGAUGCGCCGCCCAUCUGACGUCAAGGCCCCGAUUCCCGACCCGAGCCCCGCGCGCUCGUACCCAUCAGCCGAGGAAGAGAAGCGCAAGCUCGCAAAGAGAGACGCUGAGGAGGCGGCCGCGACACCGGCGCCCGCAGAGCUGCCGGCCGACUCCAAGCCUGCCAAGGCGCCCAAGACCCGACUGUACCCCCAGAUUCCCUUGCCAGCUGACGCCAUCGAGAAGUGGAACACUAUUGUGAUGCCCCAGGUCAACCAGGCGCUGCGCCACUUCUACCGCAAGCAUAGUGAGGAGUCGGUCGAAAUCUCACUCGAGUCCAUCGGAUGCUCGCCUAAGGAGACGCAACCGACAGUUCUGGUUGUGUGCACUUCGGUGAGCAAGGUUAAGUCUAUUCUCACCCGCAAACUCGGCCAGCUCUUUGACGGAAAGUCCGGAUUCGGCUUGAAGGUGUCUAAAGGACAGGUCCUGAGGUCGCGGAAGGAGUCGGAUGAAGUGAAGCGAAGUGCCACCAACGACGACGACGAGGAUGACGAGGUGAAAGCUGCCAACCCCGACUUUCAGGACCGUCCCACCAACGGCGCCAGCAUCGGUGCUUGGGUCGGCGAUCGCCACCUCCCACCCGUCAGCUUGGGCGGUCUCGUAGUUGUGGACGACAAGCCCUACGGAAUGACGGUGCACCACAUGCUGGAUGAUCCGGUGGAAAUCGCAAAGCACGCCAAGGACCAGGACCCGACCCAUCGAAGCAUGGCGCGGCCCUCUGACGAUGUUCGAUUCGACUGGUACGGGGAGUCGUCCGCUGAAAGCAGCAGCGGCGAGGACUUCGCAUGCGAAUUCUCCGAUUCUGAGUCGGAAGCGUAUUCAGAGACGGACGCCACGAGCGAGGCCUCGGACGAGGAAGAAAGCGACGAGGAGGGGGAAUUUGACCAGCCCGGCGACAUCCCAGGCGUUGAGCCGGGCUGCGGCGACGGUUAUGUCAUUACGCAACCAGCUAGAGACGAUGUCGACGACGAUUUCUACGCCUCCGAGGAGACCGCGGACGAGGAUCAUCUCGACAGCUUUACGCUCGGGGAGGUCUACGCGUCCAGCGGCCUCCGACGCAGGGAGCAAAACGGGCUCAUUCACGAGAUCGACUGGGCUCUGUUCGAAUUCAACGGCGACCGACAGCCUGACGAGAACACCAUCCCGAGGAUCAGAACGAAGCCGUCGUCACUCCUGACCGGGAAACGACCAUCCCACGAAGCCCUCGACCUCCACCCUACAACGGUGGCGCCGACGUCGGCACUCCCCGGCAUGGAGGUUCAGUGCAUGGCGCGGACAAGCGGCCUCCAAACAGGCCUUAUCCUGCCCGCCCUGACGAGCGUGAAGAUCUCCGGCCGCAUCACGCCGAGUCACACGUACCAAGUCAGCAGCGCAGCCUCCGCAACACCCGCGGAGCUCUCUGGCGGCAGCAAGAAGCUCGCCAUGGGAGUGCCCGGAGACAGCGGUGCGUGGGUCGUCGAGCGCGCUCAUGGGAGGGUGUGCGGACACGUGCUGGCGUGGAGCGGACGGAAACGUGUCGCGUACAUAUGCCCCAUGGACGUCCUCCUUCUCGACAUUGCCGAGACGCUCGAGGCGCGGACGGUCGGGCUGCCGGGUGGCGAAGCUGUUGUGAAGCUCCGCGACGACGGGGAGGAAGAGGAGGAAGAUUAUGGCGGCGACACGGAGGAACCCUCCUCGUCGCCUUUUUUAGACCCGAGGGAUGAUGAUGACUUGGACGAAGUUGAGGACGAUGACGACGACGCGCCGGUGUUGGUGAAGGCGCCUGGUGACAAGAAGGGCGGGAACAAAAAGCAAAAGGGGCAGCAGCAAGAGAAGGAGAAGGAGCAGCAUGAGGGCGAAAAGUAUGCUUCGGAUGAUAGUCAUGAACUUUCAAGACGGAUGGAGUCUAUGGGCAUCGGACGGAGUCGGAGUCGCGUUGGAAUCGGCAUGUGUAGCUGA